AGCACGACGUCAUGUGUCACGUCUCCCUACAGUCCUCCAGCAGCAUAACCGGACGAGGGAAAUAGAAACCUAGCAUAGACAUUUCAGCUCUACGGUAUCUCCGUCCAAAUAGAAACAUGUCCGAAGAAAACAUCUUCCUUUUUGUACCGAAUUUGAUCGGAUAUGCCCGUAUUGUACUGGCUCUGGUAUCAUUCUACUUGAUGCCCUGCUGCCCUGGCCCAGCAGUGUUCUGUUACCUUCUGAGUGCCCUGUUGGAUGCCUUCGAUGGACAUGCUGCUCGUGCUCUUAAUCAAGGUACAAAGUUUGGUGCUAUGCUGGACAUGUUGACUGACCGUUGUUCCACCAUGUGUUUACUGGUGAAUCUGGCACUGCUGUACCCGUCCUACACUUUCCUGUUCCAGCUCAGCAUGUGUCUGGACGUGGCCAGCCACUGGCUGCACCUGCACAGUUCCAUGAUGAGAGGAGUAACCAGUCACAAGACAAUUGACCUCUCUGGCAAUCCUAUUUUACGGCUGUACUACACAUCCAGGCCAGUGCUGUUUUUCAUGUGUAUGGGGAACGAGCUGUUCUACUGUCUACUCUAUGCAAUGUAUUACAUUGAGGAACCACAAGUGUGGCUGCAGUGGCUGCUUGGAGUUUGCAGUGUGGUGUGUCUGCUGAAAUCUGGCAUUAGUCUCCUCCACCUCAUCACUGCCUCCUGCAACAUGGCUGCCAUCGAUGUGGCCGACCGUGAGAGAGAGAAGAGCAAAGCACAAUGAGAUAGACAAGAGUACAGAAACCAAGUAGGAAGAAUAAAGAGAGAAAGGAAGAUCAAAAGAAUGAAAAUCAAUGGAAAUCAAUUAUGGGACCUCGCAAAGCUCACUGAGCAUUUAUAUUUAUUUGAAAAUAUAGAUUACCAAUGCUACUUGGGCAUAUUCCUUACAGGUUUUAUCCAUAUUCUUAUAGUUGUGCUUUUCAUUGCUAUUGAUGAAACUAGUUGCACUAUAUAAUGUUUGUUUUUGAGUGUCAUCAUAUUGACUUUUAUUUAGUUUUUUGUUUUUGUUGAUGUUUUUUUUGUUUUUUAUUAGGGAUGCACCGAUCCCAUACCUGGAUCAGUAUCAGCUCGAUAUUUAUGUUAUUUAACAGAUCGGGUAUCGGUACGACGAGCCUGAUCCAAAUCCGAUACUUUGUGUUAGUCAUGGUCGUUACUUUAAAGUGCCAAAAAUGACAUAAAAGCACCACUGAAGUUGUCCAUAUGACUCGUGCAUUUUAUUCAAUGUCUCUUGAAGACAUACAGUAGCUUUGUGAAUCGCAGAAGGCUGCGUUUAACAAGUAAAUAUAAAGUAUGCAUGUGCAGCACGUUUCAGUAAAUAGAGAAGAGUGCAGCUGUGGUGCGCAUCAAGUAUAAAUGUCUCGGGCCGCCGAAAUCACGCGCACGCAGUACCCAUUGCAAUGCCAGGUGAAAGUUUAAACAAGGCUUUAAAGGUAGUUAACAAAGUUUUUCUUAAUAGGCUUUAAUUUAUAUUGAAAUAAUGUGUAGUUCGAGGUUUGUGUGUGUGUUUUUUUUUUUUUUUUUUUUUUUUUUUUACACAUAAA